CGUCAAUGUCAAGUCUCUAUGCAGUUGUAACUUCUGAACUGGCCUAGCUCUAUGACUGAGAGUUGGCAUCGCCUCGGGUGCUGCAUUGCUGGUGCGGAUUUCUGUUUCUGUUUCUGUUCCAUAAACAAACACCUAGAAGUAUCCUACGUACGUUGAUUCAAGUGCACACCCACCACAUCAAUUUAAAAAACGAUGGAUGCUGAAGAUAUCAAGCCCAUUGUAGAAGCAGGGGACCACGGCUAUGCAGCAAACGAAGCAAGGAAAGGUGCCGUCAACGACGUUCAACAGGAUGCUCACACCAAUGCAUGCAAUGGCUCGGUGGAUCACAACAUGGAAACGGAAGACAAGGAUGAUGACAGUGAUACAUGUAUGCCAGAGCUGAUUGACUCCCACCCAAGUAUGACAACCCCAGACAGUCCUCCCAUCACAAAUGGUGACACAACCCGAAAAGAAGAGGGCGCAACUACUGAAAGUAAAGACAAUGAUGAGCCCCCUGAAUGGAUGGACGUUAUCGGAAAUGGACAGCUCAUGAAGAAAAUCUUGAAUGAGGGCCAGGGAGCAGCCACACGACCCCAGAGGGGGGAAUUGGUGACUUUAAAAAGUAAAGGAUUGUUGGAAGAUGGGACGGAGGUGGAUUGUCAUGAGGAGGUCAGCUUUGUACUUGGGGAAGGAGAUGUCGUUAGUGCCUGGGAUCUCUGUUUAUCACUGAUGGACCUCGGUGAAGUUUCCAUCAUCAAAACCAGUCCACGUUUUGCAUAUGGGAUAUUGGGAAGGUUGCCAGAUGUUCCACCCAAUGCAGAGAUAACGUACGAGUUGGAACUGCUAAAUGUACAACCAGCACCAGACCCAGGAGAAAUGACAAUAGAUGAACUAUGUCUCGCGGGAGACAAGAAAAGAGAAAGGGGCAAUGAACUUUACUCCAGGAAGGACUACUCUGGUGCUAUUAACUCAUACACAAAGGCCCUGAAACUGUUUGAAAAAGCAAAGGUUUCAGAUGAUGAUAGUGCUAAACUAGCUGUGAUGGAGUUGAAGGUCAAGUGCUAUAAUAACCUGGCAGCUGCCCAAUUAAAGAUUGAUGCGUAUGAUCCUGCUUUGAAGUCCUGUAGCAAUGCUUUGGACAUAGAACCUGAAAAUGUCAAGGCGCUCUUCAGAAAAGGAAAAGUCCUUGCAAGUCAGGGAGAAUAUGAACAAGCCAUCGGUACAAUGAAGGAAGCAUUAUCACGAGAACCAUCAAAUAAAGUCAUCCAUAAUGAGUUGUCUCGGCUCACGAACCGAGAGUCCAAGGAACGCCAAUCAGAGAGGCAACUGUACCAGCGCAUGGUGGGAGACAUGGCCAGUGUCACUCAAAUCAAUCCAAGACAAAAAAUGAACAAGUGGUUGUUCCUAGCCCUGACCAUUGGUGUUGUCAUUUUAGCCAUCGCUGCUGCACUGUCAACUCAACGAUUCAAGUCAGAGAGCUAAUGGAAUACCCAUCGCCAAUAUUCUGCAAAUCAUGAGCCCCUUCUUGUUUCCGGUGAUGCAAGUAGAACAAAGAGAAACUGGCUGAUAUCUUCAACCCUUCAGAUAUUGAUCUAUUGGAUUCAGUGGCCAACAUUGAGGUGUGUAUUCAUCAACAAUGAUGUAUAAGUUGUCUACUCAUCACACAUAUCCCUGUUGAACAAGCACACACACCUUCAAGAUGGCCAACAUUGAGGUGUGUAUUCAUCAACAUUAAUGUACAAGUUGUCUACUCAUCACACAUAUCCCUGUUGAACAAGCACACACACCUGCAAGAUGGCCAACAUUGAGGUGUGUAUUCAUCAACAAUGAUGUACAAGUUGUCUACUCAUCACACAUAUCCCUGUUGAAAAAAUGCACACACCUUCAAGAUGGCCAACAUUGAGGUGUGUAUUCAUCAACAAUGAUGUACAAGUUGUCUACUCAUCACACAUAUCCCUGUUGAACAAACACACACACCUUCAAGAUGGCCAACAUUGAGGUGUGUAUUCAUCAACAUUAAUGUACAAGUUGUCUACUCAUCACACGUAUCCCUGUUGAACAAGCACACACACCUUCAAGAUGGCCAACAUCGAGGUGUGUAUUCAUCAACAUUAAUGUACAAGUUGUCUACUCAUCACACAUAUCCCUGUUGAAUAAAUGCACAUACCUUCAAGAUGGCCAACAUUGAGGUGUGUAUUCAUCAACAUUAAUGUACAAGUUGUCUACUCAUCACACAUAUCACUGUUGAACAAACGCACACACCUUCAAGAUGGCCAACAUUGAGGUGUGUAUUCAUAACAUUAAUGUACAAGUUGUCUACUCAUCACACAUAUCCCUGUUGAACAAACGCACACAUCUUCAAGAUAGUUGAAAUGCAAAUGAGAUGCACAUCCCUAUGUGAUAUGUUUUCGUUUUGCUGAAUGAACACUUGCCUUCUUGUGAUCCGUGGUUGGGUUUAUAAUUCCGUAACUUGAAAAGUACAUGAGUGAUUUGAAUGAUUCUUGUACUAAAAGAAAGCUAAUGAAUUGGGCUUUCAUAUCCUAGAUUUUAAAAGUAGCUUUUGGGUUUCGUUUUGUUUUACUCACCCUGUACGUGUACAUGUAAAUACCCACUUUUAUAAAAUUCCAAUUUUAGUUGAUGGUAAUUCCUUGUCAUUAUCAGCAACUUCAGUUAGACCAAAAUCCUUGAAGGCUUAAAGAUUUUAUGCAACUUUUUUGAGGAAUAUGUAGGCUCUCUAUAAAACACUCUCUGGACAUGUUGAUAAAGAUAUACAAUUACAAAAAAUGUGUCUCAAUUUACAGGUUGGUGCAAAAAGAAGGAAACCCACUUUUGACAGGAAUUUCUAACCUAUUUUACUUAUUUGAACUGUUUUCUUAUAUAAUGUAGUGAAGUAUAGCUCUUCAAACAUAGUUGGUGAAAACACAUUUAAAAAAAUCGCAAGAAUAGUGUUUGUCAGCAAAAGCAGUGUUGUCCAUGUGUAAGUCUAGUGUAGAGUUUUUUGUCUUUAAAUCAAGCUCUGGAGCUCAGUCAAGCAGAUGGAAUAAAGCCGUCCGUGGACAAACAAGUUUGGCACAUGAAAUGUUUUAACUACCAUAUCUCAGAGACAAAAUAUGCAUUUGCAAUCAUAAUUAUGUUUGUCACUUAUUUUUAAAGAUCCAUAUUUUAAUACCAUUAAAUUGAAAGUUUGAAAUAUGCUCAACAAGUAGGUGAAAAUUGUGUUUCGUUCUUUUUGCACCACCUUGUAAAAUGUGUUGUUUAGAUUUGGAGGAAUGGGACAUCCAGCUAGUUUGCGACAAUACCCCACAAAAAAAUCCUGAAAGACAUAUAGGUUUUCCCGGCCAAUUUCCUAAAAUGUUCAUUUACUUCUGAAAAUAGGUCCUUCAUUUUCGACUGAAUUUGAGAGUCGCUCCGAACACGCGUUUCAUUUUCGCUACCAGAGCAUUCAAUUCCAUUUCAGUUUAAUCAAUUAAAUGAUUGAGCAGCACCUUUCGUUUACAUGUAUGUCCAUUCGGAUUCGUUUACAAGACUUCUUUUUCGCUUUUAGAGGGCUAUUUCAAACAUUCAUCAUUCUAUUUCACGUUUAGCUUAAUGUCAUCGGCAUCAGAUACAAUUAUGGGUUUCUUUUUCAUUAACCGUCAAUCAAAUUAGAUGUACCUGAAAUCAAUUUAGAAAAGAUAUGCUUGCGUAAAUGAAUGCACAGGUAACGUAAUUGGCCGUCUGUUUCUCUAAACUGAAUGCACGGACUACAAAAACAAUUGAACUUUCGUUGAAUUGAAAUGGGAUUCAAGACGUGUAUUCAAAUUCAGACGACAAUUAAUGACUGAUUUUCAGAAGUGAAUGGACAUUUCAGGAAAUUGGUCAGGAAAACCUAUACUAAAACCUUAUGCCUGACGAGGAUUGAACCUUACAUGUAUGGACCAAUUGCUUUUAGUUGAGGCUGUUUUUUAUUAUCACACUGAAGGUGCAUUUCUUAUUGAAAACAAUCUGUCUUGAAAUGUUUUCUAAGUGAACUGUGAUUACAUUCACAUAAACCAGCUUAUACAUAUUGUACAGGAAUUAGGUUGUCUUGCGAUCUUUUCAAAAAAUGACCUGGGCAAAUUAUGAAGGACGUUUUGUGACUGUUUUGAAGUACAGUUCGUGAUUCCAGAGAUUUUGUUUGUUUUUUUGUUGCAUAGAAAAAACACCUUACUUUGUCACUAUGGUUUAUUGUAAUAUUAAUGUUUUGCUUGACAGUCUAAGCAGAGGCAGAUACGUUUUAUGGCUUUUCGGUGACUGUGGUGUUUGUGCUUUUAAAGUAUUUUUGAUGUACUUUUUGUAUUACUGUAAUUACUGUACUUUCCACAAAUUGAUGCACAUAUUUCUUCAAUGCAAACAAAAAUUGCUUGUAUGUCUUGAUAAACUGGAGUUGUGUUUUAACUCUUAAACUAAAAAGAAAACGUUUGCUCUACUUCACCCGCCAAAAAGCCUUCAUAUCUGCUGAGCAAACUCAAAACAAUAUAUAAUGCUCAGAUAUAAAAUGAGCAUCUGCCCAUGCACUUUAUGUUGAGGGUAUUACAUGGUUACCGCUCGAUAGUCCGAAGGUUCGAUUCUCCGAGGUUUUUUAUGAAUGGAUUAUCUAACUUUCUGACGAAUGAACUGGGGGAGUAUCGCAUCAAAUGUUCGGAUGACCGAACCUUAUUUCAUUUCCUGACUAAUGAGCCCCGGGUAUAGGAGAUGUGUGUUUUCAGACUGUCAAACUUUCGGAAUAAUGAACCUUCGGGCUAUCGAACCUUCGGACUAUCGAGCUGAACCCCCCCCCCCCCCCCCUCCAAUUAGCAUAUCUGGCUGACUGGCCAAAAUCAAAUUAAAAAAGGGAUACAUGCAGGUAUAAAAAAAAAUUAACAAAAUAUCUUCCUUUGGAUGGACCACAGUUCAUCAUCAGACACAGGCAUGACAGGUGUCAAAAUCUGGAAAUAGGACUUUUUGCUCCAGUUCCUUGAAUUAAAAAUAAGAUAUCGAAAUGAUACUUUUUAGCAAAUGGUAGAUGCAAUUCUGAAGGAAUGUGUGCUAUGUCUGAAGCCGCCAUGUCGACGUUAAUGGUUUUGUGUAUAAUUACAACACUGCAGCACUUGUGCCUUAAGUUGACACGUUUUGUAAUUUUAAGUCGUGCAUUUUUAACUGUUGUGUUGUUUACUUCUUGUAUGCGUGUUAACUUCCUGUUAGCGUUAGGUCAGUUUAUUCAGUUUAUUCUUAAGCAACAUUUAGUGCCUUUUUUGCAUUGAUUUUACCCUAGCAACACUGCAAACCUUUUGAUUUAGCUCGUUUCAUUAAAAACACAGCCGAAUUAAGUUUGAGUUGGAUGAAAGAAAAUGUGCAAUAGAAAUUAUGGAAAUGCAUUUUAAUAGAUAUGGGUUCUUUCUUGAAAAAUGUGGAAUGAAAUGACUGAAAAGCAGUCUUUUGGACAGGUUUGUUUAACUGCAUUGCAUUUCUAAUGAAUUGUGGAGUACUAAAUAAAUAUGUAUUUGUGAUCAUUAUU